AUGGUCCGCAUCUCAAACGCCCUGGGUUUGGUCAUAUUGAUUGUUGCUCUUCUCAUUUUAUCCUUAAUAAGUUAUGUGUCCAUUAGAAAGGACAGCAUCUUCUCUUCCACAAAAUAUGACAACAUGGGAGGACCACCACGGAUAAUGUUCCACGCAGGAUUUCGGUGAGUAGGCUAAACCAAGACCUUGAAGCUCAUACUUGUUUCUUUUGAUAUGACUCAAAACCCCUGAAAUUGUCAGAGAAGAUGUGAUUUAUGUCACUGACAAGGCGCACGCGUGACAAUUUUUCCCCCAACAAUCUUUAUGAUCGAUUAUGUCCACAUUGUUCUGUAGGCUAUGGCAUUAUAUGGCUAACUGCAUCAGAGGAGUCAGGGCCUUAAUAAAUAAUCAAAAUAAAGAAUAUUCCUCUGCACGCGGCAGUAGCCUAAUCUAAUGCAAAUCCCUGCAUCAAUUACAUUUCAUUUUUUUAUGAAAAUUCAACUGUAGAAUCAUUGACAGGAGGUUAGUGUUUAAAUGUUUUUUUUUAAAUGUCCAUAUGUGACAAAAAAUCGUUGCUCCACUAGGAGCCCGAUUUCAAACAAGAGAACUGUCCAAGGUGCUGAAUGAUCGAAUCGUGCCUAUUGUGACAAGACCACGCCUGAAUGCAUGCUAUGAAUGGCUUUGGUCAGUGCUGUCUGGAAUCCUUGGGACGUCCAUACCUUAAACCCUUAACCCCUACCCUAACCUUAACCCUUACCUAACCCUAACCUUAACCCUUAACUUAACCAUUUUAAAUGUCAACUUCAAUGUGGUAGGGAUGUCCCACGGAUCCCGGAUAGCACGGACUGAAUGGGUUUGGAUACGUAAUAAAUAAUCGAAAUAAAUAAUAUUACUCUGCACGCAGCAGUAGCCUAAUCUAAUGCAAAUCCCUGCAUCACUUACAUUUAUGAAAAUUCAACUGUAGAAUCAUUGAAUGUCCAUAAGAAUGUCCAUAAGUAUUCACCCCCCUUGGAUUGUUUUUCUUUACAUUUUAUUGCCUUACAAAGUGAGAUUGAAAUGGAUUUAAUGUGUAUUGUUUGUCAUUGAUCUACACAAAAUACUCCAUAAUGUCAAAGCGAAAAGAACAUUCUACAAAUGUUUCCAAAUGAAUACAAAUUCAUUAACUAAAAUAUAGGCUAACGUUAGUCUUUGCAUAAGUAUUCACCCCCUUUGUUUAGGUAAGCCUAAAUUAGUUUAGGAGUAAAAUUUGGCUUAACAAAUCACAUAAUAAGUUACAUGGACUCACUCUGUGUGAAAUAAUAGGGAUUGAUAUGAUGUUUGAAUGACUACCCCUUCCUCUGUCCCCCAUACAUGCAACCUCUCUAAGGUCCCUCAGUCAGGUAUUGAAUUUUGAGCACAGAUUCAACUACAAAGACCAGGGAGCUUUUCCGAAAGCCUCAUAAAGAAGGGCAGUGAUUGGUAGAUGGGUAACAAUAACUAAUCAGACAUUGAAUAUCUCUUUAAGCAUGGUCAAGUUAAUAAUUAUGCUGUGUAUGAUGUAUUAAGCCACAAAGACACAACAAAGAUACAGUCAUCAUUCUGAAUUGAGCUGCAGGACAGGAAGGAACUGCUCAGGGAUGUCACCAUGAAGAACAGCUACAGAGCUACAGACUGAUGGGAGAAAACUGAGGAUGGAUCAACAACAUUGUAGCAACUCCAAAAUAAUGACCUAAAUGACUGAAUGAGUGAAAAUAACAAUACAGAGUAAAUAUAAAGAAUAUAAAUAUUUUAAAAACAUGCAUCCUGUAUGCAACAAGGCACUAAAGUUAUACUGCAAGAAAACACGGCAAAGGAAUACACUUUUUGGCCUAAAUGCAAAUUGUUAUGUUUGGGGCAAAUCUGCCUCCUUAGUUUCAUAAAAAGAAACGGGAUUGCGCAAAGCACAUGCAAAAAUCCUAUUGGAAAACCUGCUUCAGUCUGCUUUACACCAGACACUGGGAGAUGAAUGACCCUUUCAGCAGGACAUUGACCAGGCCAAAUCUACACUGGAGUUGCUUACCAAGAAGCCAGUGACUGUUCCUGAGUGGCCAAGUUAAAGUUUUGACUGAAAUCUGCUUGAAAAUCUAUGGCAAGACUUGAAACUUGCUGUUUAGCCAUGACCUCCAACACAUUGAAAGAGCUUGAAGAAUGUAGAAGAAUAAUAGGCAAAUAUUGCACAAUCCAGGUGUACAAAGCUCUUAGAGACCUACACAAGAAGACACACAGCUGUAAUCACUGCCCAAGGUGUUUCUAACAUAUAUUGGUUCAGGGGGUGAAUACUUUUCUAAUCAAGGUAUACUAGUGUUUCAUUUUUCAUUAGAAAUGUUACUUUUUUUGACAUUUUGAUAUUACAGAGUAUUUUGUGUAGAUCGUUGACAAAAAAUGGAAAUUAAAUCCACUUUAAUUCCACUUUGUUACACAAUAAAAUGUGAAGAAAUCCAAGGGGGUGAAUACUUAUGAUACCCACUGUAAUGCUUACAGUACAUGCUGACAAUAUCAACAGUGUCUUUACUAAGGGAAACCCUAUUCCUCUCAGGUCACAGUUUGCCCUGAAUUUCCUGGACCCAUCCUUCAUCCCAUUAACCCAUGCUCUGAACGAGGAGCUGCAAGGGAAACCCUCCAAAUGGAAAUUCAAUAGGACAGCUUUUUAUCAGCAAAGGUAUUAUGAUUAUGUGGGAUAUCUGUAAUAAUCUGUAGAAACAUUUAUAUUGUUUGUAAAGCAGUUUAACAGAAUACUGUUUGUGUUUAGUAAAACAUUACAGUUUAUUUGCCAUUUGCAGUUGGCUACAUAACUGCAUUUUGUUGAAACAGCAGCUGUGAGCUGAUAUUUUGAUCUGUUUACUACCUUUCAGGAAAGAGAUCUUCCAUUACAUCGAUGUGGCCAACAACUUCUCCCUCACCAAGAACGGUGUGCGCGUCGGCCAGCUGAUGCACUUCGACUUCUCCAGUCACAAGUAUGUCUUCUCCAUAAACAACAACCUGAAGUCACUGCUUCCUGAUGCUUCGCCCAUCCAGAACAAGCACUACAACGUGUGUGCCGUGGUGGGUAACAGUGGGAUCCUGACAGGCAGUCACUGUGGGCCAGAGAUCGACAGCGCCGACUUUAUCUUCCGCUGCAACUUCGCCCCUACCGACUCCUACUACAAGGAUGUGGGCCGGAAGACCAACCUCACCACCUUUAACCCCAGCAUCCUGGAGAGGUACUACAACAACCUGCUGACCAUCCAGGACCGGAACAACUUCUUUCUCAACCUGAAGAAGCUGGAGGGGGCCAUUUUGUGGAUCCCUGCGUUUUUCCUCCACACCUCGGCCACCGUCACACGGACCCUGGUGGACUUCUUUGUUGAGCACAAGGGGCAGCUGAAGAUCGAGCUGGCCUGGCCGGGAAACAUCAUGCAGGAUGUCAACAAGUAUGGAGUAUGGAGGGACUGAGUUUAUUGUGCCAGAGUUCUGAGCAUCAGAGCAGUCAUGAGUGGUUUUGUUCUCACUUUGACACCCUUGUUACUACAAACUGUACAGUCAAAAAAAAUGCUGGGUUGCAGGCAUUGGGUCACUUAGUUGGGUUGUGUUCUUUAAAAAGAGUGAGGUUGGGUUGUUGAUGCUGGGUUAUUGAGAUAUAAUCCAACAGAGGCAUGGCUUAAUAGGGGCAUGGCUUUCAGAUAGUUAUUUUUGGCCACUUGUGAUAGUAAAUGUAAUUUCUGUUCAUCUGUUCUAUUGUAUUAUUACAGCAUGUUAAGGUUGAACACUGACAGUUUUGAAGCGUUUAUGAGGCUUACAGAAGGCCUACAGAAGUUGAUGUGUUCCUAAAAGGAAAACUCCACCCAAAAACCAUAUUUUGGUAUUUGUUUCAAAAUGUUUUGCAUGUCAGCAAUCAAGUUAAGAUAUAUAACUUUCAAAAUAUAGAAAUACAGCCGGUAUGAUUCAUUUUGCAUCAUAUGAUGCUACGCCCCUAAUAAGCCACUGUUACGUUCCCCAGCAAGAAAACCAAAUAAUGUCGCUCAAACAGAGUCACUGACCACAACCAAAAUGAAACAGGUGGGGUUUUAGGAGGGGUUCUGAAAGACACUCAUGGGGGUGUCCACUGAAAGUUGACUAGCAACAACAGCUGGGACCUAAAAGACACCCACCAAUGAGCGCCCACUAAAUGUGCCCAAGAACAGGCAAACAAAAUAAAAAGUGGAGCAAGACAAAAACAGGGAAGAUCAGAUAAAGGAUUGUAUUUCUAGAAAUCAAAUAGGGAGCGCCAACAAAAAGUGUUAACUCUCUACAUCUCUCAAGACAACUGGAGCACUGGGCCAGCCACUCUCAAAUAUCACCUGGGUCAGCACAGGUGAAACACCUUCCCACUAACGAGAUGACAACGAGGUGACACCAAUCGGUGCGCCCCACGUGCUAACGUGCUAAUGUUUAUCCUCAAAAUAUACAUGGAAAAACCAAAGCCUGUAACACCUUCCUCCUUAAGACAACAAAUAUAACCCAUAUGUUUGUUGGACAAGUUUGCUCACAACCAACAGAAAAUAACCUCCAUCUCACAACAUGAUCAACUUAAAUGCGUCGCUACUUAAAUGCGUCACCUUCUCCAAUAUAAAUAUGGUGUCUACUGGCUGUCAAUAACAGCCACUUUUUUAUUUUUAUAUAUAUGUACUUUAAAAAAUAUAUAUACACUACUGGUCAAAAGUUUGGACACACCUACUCAUACAAGGGUUUUUCUUACAUUGUAGAAUAAUAGUGAAGACAUCAAAACUAUGAAAUAACACAUAUGGAAUCAUGUAGUAACCAAAAAAGUGUUAAACAAAUCAAAAUGUAUUUUAUAUUUGAGAUACUUCAAAGUAGCCACCCUUUGCUUUGAUGACAGCUUUGCACACUCUUGGCAUUCUCUCAACCAGCUUCAUGAGGUAGUCACCUGGAAUGAAUUUCAAUUAACAGGUGUGGCUUCUUAAAAGUUAGUUUGUGGACUUUAUUUCCUUCUGAAUGCGUUUGAGCCAAUCAGUUGUGUUGUGACAAGGUAGGGGUAGUAUACAGAAGAUGGCCCUAUUUGGUAAAAGACCAAGUCCAUAUUGUGACAAGAACAGCUCAAAUAAGCAAAGAGAAAUGACAGUCCAUCAUUUCUUUGAGACAUGAAUGUCAGUCAAUACUGAACAUUUCAAGAACUUUGAAAGUUUCUUCAAGUGCAGUCGCAAAAAUCAUCAAGGGCUAUGAUGAAACUGGCUCUCAUGAGGACUGCCACAGGAAAGGAAGACCCAGAGUUACCUCUGCUGCAGGGAAUAAGUUCAUUAGAGUUACCAGCCUCAGAAAUUGCAGCCCAAAUAAAUGCUUCACAGAGUUCAAGUAACAGACACAUCUCAACAUCAACUGUUCAGAGGGGACUGUGUGAAUCAGGCCUUCAUGGUCGAAUUGCUGCAAAGAAACCACUACUAAAGGACACCAAUAAGAAUAAGAGACCUGCUUGGGCCAAGAAACACGAGCAAUGGACAUUACACCGGUGGAAAUUUGUCCUUUGGUCUGGAGUCCAAAUUGGAGAUUUUUGGUUCAAACUGCCCUGUCUUUGUGAGACGCGUUGUGGGUGAACGGAUGAUCUCCACAUGUGUAGUUCCCACCGUAAAGCAUGGAAGAGGAGGUGUUAUGGUGUGGGGGUGCUUUGCUGGUGACACUGUCUGUGAUUUAUUUAGAAUUCAAGGCACACUUAACUAGCAUGGCUACCACAGCAUUCUGCAGCAAUACGCCAUCCCAUCUGGUUUGGGCUUAGUGGGACUAUCAUUUGUUUUUCAACAGGACAAUGACCCAACACACCUCCAGGCUGUGUAAGGGCUAUUUGACCAAGAAGGAGAGUGAUGGAGUGCUGCAUCAGAUGACCUGGCCUCCACAAUACCCCAACCUCAACCCAAUUGAGAUGGUUUGGGAUGAGUCGGACGGCAGAGUGAAGGAAAAGCAGCCAACAAGUGCUCAGCAUAUGUGGGUAUUUUGAUUUGUUUAACACUUUUUUGGUUACUACAUGAUUCCAUAUGUGUUAUUUCAUAGUUGUGAUGUCUUCACUAUUAUUCUACAAUGUAAAAAAUAGUAAAAAUAAAGAAAAACCCUUGAAUGAGUAGGUGCGUCCAAACCUUUGACUGGUAGAGUAUGUAUACAGUGAGGGAAAAAAGUAUUUGAUCCCCUGCUGAUUUUGUAUGUUUGCCCACUGACAAAGAAAUGAUCAGUCUAUAAUUUUAAUGGUAGGUUUAUUUGAACAGUGAGAGACAGAAUAACAACAAAAAAAUCCAGAAAAACGCAUGUCAAAAAUGUUAUAAAUUGAUUUGCAUUUUAAUGAGGGAAAUAAGUAUUUGACCCCUCUGCAAAACAUGACUUAGUACUUGGUGGCAAAACCCUUGUUGGCAAUCACAGAGGUCAGACGUUUCUUGUAGUUGGCCACCAGGUUUGCACACAUCUCAGGAGGGAUUUUCUCCCACUCCUCUUUGCAGAUCUUCUCCAAGUCAUUAAGGUUUCGAGGCUGACGUUUGGCAACUCUAACCUUCAACUCCCUCCACAGAUUUUCUAUGGGAUUAAGGUCUGGAGACUGGCUAGGCCACUCCAGGACCUUAAUGUGCUUAUUCUUGAGCCACUCCUUUGUUGCCUUGGCCGUGUGUUUUGGGUCAUUGUCAUGCUGGAAUACCCAUCCAUGACCCAUUUUCAAUGCCCUGGCUGAGGGAAGGAGGUACAUGGCCCCGUCCAUCGUCCCUUUGAUGUGGUGAAGUUGUCCUGUCCCCUUAGCAGAAAAACACCCCAAAGCAUAAUGUUUCCACCUCCAUGUUUGACGGUGGGUUCUUGGGGUUAUAGGCAGCAUUCCUCCUCCUCCAAACACGGCGAGUUGAGUUGAUGCCAAAGAGCUCCAUUUUGGUCUCAUCUGACCACAACACUUUCACCCAGUUCUCCUCUGAAUCAUUCAGAUGUUCAUUGGCAAACUUCAGACGGUCCUGUAUAUGUGCUUUCUUGAGCAGGGGGACCUUGCGGGCGCUGCAGGAUUUCAGUCCUUCACGGCGUAGUGUGUUACCAAUUGUUUUCUUGGUGACUAUGGUCCCAGCUGCCUUGAGAUCAUUGACAAGAUCCUCCCGUGUAGUUCUGGGCUGAUUCCUCACCGUUCUCAUGAUCAUUGCAACUCCACGAGGUGAGAUCUUGCAUGGAGCCCCAGGCCGAGGGAGAUUUUCAUUUAUUUUGUGUUUCUUCCAUUUGUGAAUAAUCACACCAACUGUUGUCACCUUCCACCAAGUUGCUUGGCGAUGGUCUUGUAGCCCAUUCCAGCCUUGUGUAGGUCUACAAUCUUGUCCCUGACAUCCUUGGAGAGCUCUUUGGUCUUGGCCAUGGUGGAGAGUUUGGAAUCUGAUUGAUUGAUUGCUUCUGUGGACAGGUGUCUUUUAUACAGGUAACAAACAGAGAUUAGGAGCACUCCCUUUAAGAGUGUGCUCCUAAUCUCAGCUCGUUACCUGUAUAAAAGACACCUGGGAGCCAGAAAUCUUUCUGAUUGAGAGGGGGUCAAAUACUUAUUUCCCUAAUUAAAAUGCAAAUCAAUUGAUAACAUUUUUGACAUGCGUUAUUCUGGAUUUUUUUGUUGUUAUUCUGUCUCUCACUGUUCAAAUAAACCUACCAUUAAAAUUAUAGACUGAUCAUUUCUUUGUCAGUGGGCAAAUGUACAAAAUCAGCAGGGGAUCAAAUACUUUUUUCCCUCACUGUAUAUAUAUAUAUAUAUAUAUAUAUUUAUUUAUUGCCUAAAACUCCGACGUUUUUGAGAGACAUAGGAAAAGUCAAGUACGUUUCUAUAACUCUCAUCCCCUUGGAACAAUCCCAAACAAAACGAAUCACCAAAACGGCAAAACGUGCAGUCAAAAUAAAUUGUGAGCUAGGGCUACACACUGGCCAAACACAAAACACAAAACCUAUUGACUGCCCACCCUUGAAAGACAAUCAGCAACCAAGUUCUCCUUACCACGGACAUGUCUGAUUUCAAGGGGAAACUCCUGCAAUAUCCGUAGUAACUUUCCUCUCAUGAUUUUCCUCAGUGGAAUGGCCUCAGGGAAACGAGUGGCAGCGCACAUGUUGGUCAAGAGAAACUGGUUACUACUCUUUGCUUUGGGCAAUGGACCAACACAAUCCAACAGAACCCUGCUGAAAGGUUAAUCAAAAGCAGGAAUAGGCUGCAAAGGUGCAACCGGCACAGCUUGGUUCAGUUUACCCGGCAAACGUGACAGGAUUUACAGUAAGACACAACAUCCUGUUUCAGACCAGGCCAGAAGAAGUUACGUAAGAUACGGUCAUACGUCUUGUUGACUCCAAGAUGGCCUGCCACGCUACCAUUGUGAGCCAACCUCAGUAUCUCUUGUCGAAGCAUAACUGGAACGACAAUUUGAGAUACACUGGGCCAAUCGUCUUGCCCAGAAGUGGCGCGAGAACGCCAUUUCCUCAUUAGAACACCUCUGUCAAAGUAACCCUCACAAACUUAAUCAAACUCCUCCUCUGGACGUAUCUCAGCAAAAAAAGGGGAGAGGGAAACAGCUUUACUCUGUUCAGCAAUCAGCUGCUUCCUAGACAUCAAAUUAUUAACGGUAGGGACCCUCUCUUCCUUCAGCGGUCCUACAAACUUGCCCACCUUUGGGGUUUUCAAAGGAGAGGUCAACUCAGGAGUUUUACAGAAAUCAGGAUCACACAAACGUUUCAGACAGAUCGACCAUGGUGGGAUUGCUGACAUCCUCCUCAACACUAGACUUGCUCCCGGCGACUUUCUUAGACAUAGCACGUGUAACGGCAUAUGCUGGGAACACUCUAGGGUACUUUUCUGAUAACCCAUCAGGUUCCUCUACUCUAGGUUACUUACAAACGACAGGAUUUGGCAUUACCUUCCUUCUAGCCAAAUUGUUUUCAAAAAUGAAUGAGACCCCGUUCCCCGGUAGGCUAGGCCUCACUCCAAUGACAACGGAACCAGAAAUAAGAUCACACUCGAGUUCCACAUUAUACAAAUGAACUUCCAUGCAACCCAUCUCCACAGCUUGUACUAACAUACUGUAACCAGUUGCUGAAGUGUCAGACAAAGGCAAAACACCCUCCAAAAUGAAUAACUGGGCUGCCGCAGUGUCUCGCAGUAUCUUCACCGGCUGCUUAACAGCAUCGCCACUCUGCAGAGACACAAACCUGUCUGAAACAAAGGGUUCAUACACAUCUGAUACAAAAUCUUGUUUAGGAGAUACACCAGUCCCAACCUCUCUCUCAUUCUUCUGCUUCAACUUAGGACACUGAGAGACAAUGUGUCCUUUCUCACGGCAGUAAUGACAAAACUGGCGGAUACAAAAAAAUAGUUUUCUGCUGAUCUUUAUCUUUGGGCACUGUAGAAAAGGACUGAAACCUCGCAGUAGGAGGGGACUUCUCUGGAUUGCUUUUUGCGUAAGGAUAAGUACUGGGUGCUUUAUUUGUGAAGGUAGUUUUAUGUGUCAACACAAACUCAUCUGCCAGAACUGCAGCCUUCUUAAGAGUGAGAUCCUUGUACUCAUAAAUGUAGGUAGCAACCCUUUCGUGAAGGCUAUUUUUGAACUGCUCGAGAAGAAUGAGUGUCUUUAAAUCCUCAAGGUUCUUUACCUCUUGAGAACCACAACACUGAUCAAAAAGACCUGCUUGUUCACUUGCUAAAUCAACAUGGCUUUGUGAUUCUAUCUUUCAUAAUUUACAGAACUGUUGUCUGUAUGCCUCUGGGACCAACUCGUAAACCCGAAGGAUAGCAGCUUUAAAAGUUUCAUAAUCUGAACUCUGGUCAAGAGAUAAAGCGAUGUACACUUUCUGACUUUUCCCACAAGAACACUUUGUAGGAGCAGUGACCAAAUCUCUCGCGGCCAUUUUAGGGAUGUGGCAAUCUGCUCAAACAGAGUAAAAUAUACAUCCACCUCCUUUUCAUUGAAAGGUGGUACAAGUCGGCUGUUCCGACCAAGAUCAAACUCUGUUGAGGGUGCAGGAUGGCCUGAUUGGAUUCGGAGCGCUUCCAGAUCCAUCUCUCUUAAUCGAAUGGCAUGCGCACGUUCUUCUUGUUCUUGUUCUAGUCUGGCUUCAUAUUCUCAUUCCCUUUCCCUUUCCUUGUGCUCGUGCUCUAAUUUCUGUUGUUCCCAUUUUGCCUUUAGUUCUACCUCUCGCAGUUGCAUGUCUAUGGGGUGUACUCUACCAUAUCUAUCUCUAUGGGGUGUACUCUACCACCCGUAGGACCCUUUUCAUCAUCCUCCCUCUCCGGAAAGAUUUCCUCCUCCAUCAACUAACUCUUUGAACACUGCUUUUGAAUCGGCAUGUGCAACUUUGAUGUCAUAAUGCUUUGCAUUGAUGAGCAGAUUCACCUUCGUACAUUUAUCUAGCUUCUCCCAUGUAGGGUUUUCCACAAACGCUUCCAAAUUAAAGUCCAUGGCUUUUAUUUUUAUUUUAUUCGCCUGUGUGUUUAUGCAACUUUCAAAAGGAUUCCACCAAUCUUAUAACCCCGCAGGGCAGAUGGCAGUGACAGAAAUUCUGCCACAAAAGUGUAUUUUGAACACUCAAAUAUCUGGGCACAGCAGAGCUUCAGAGUAGGUGGUUAGAGCGACUACCAUACUCAUGGGAAAGAAGAUCCCGGACAAGCCCCCAUUUUGUUAUGUUCCCCAGCUAGAAAACCAAAUAAUGUCGCCCAAACAGAAGGGGGAACUACCAGAGUCACUGACCACAACCAAAACAAAACAGGUGGGGUUUUAGGAGGGGUUCUGAAAGACACUCAUAGGGGUGUCCACUGAAAGUUGACUAGCAACAACAACUGGGACCUAAAAGACACCCACCAUGAGCACCCACUACAUUUGCCCAAGAACAGGCAAACAAAAUAAAAAUCCACACCAAACUUAAAGACAGGAAGUGGAGCAAGACAAAAACAGGGAACAUCAGAUAAAGGAUUGUUUUUCUAGAAAUCAAACAGGGAGAACUCUCUACAUUUACAUUUUUACAUUUUCGUCAUUUAGCAGACGCUAUUAUCCAGAGCGACUUACAAAUUGGUGCAUUCACCUUAUGAUAGCCAGUGGGACAACCACUUUACAAUAUAUGUAUAUUUUUUGGGGUGGGGUAAGGGGGGGGUAGAAGGAUUACUUUAUCCUAUCCCAGGUAUUCCUUAAAGAGGUGGGGUUUCAAGUGUCUCUGGAAGGUGGUGAGUGACACCGCUGUCCUGGCAUCGUGAGAGAGCUUGUUCCACCAUUGGGGUGCCAGAGCAGCGAACAGUUUUGACUGGGCUGAGCGGGAACUGUGCUUCCGCAGAGGUAGGGGGGCCAGCAGGCCAGAGGUGGAUGAACGCAAUGCCCUUCGUUUGGGUGUAGGGACUGAUCAGAGCCUGAAGGUACGGAGGUGCCGUUCCCCUCACAGCUCCGUAGGCAAGCACCAUGGUCUUGUAGUAGAUGCGAGCUUCAACUGGAAGCCAGUGGAGUGUGCGGAGGAGCGGGGUGACGUGAGAGAACUUGGGAAGGUUGAACACCAGAUGGGCUGCAGCGUUCUGGAUGAGUUGUAGGGGUUUAAUGGCACAGGCAGGGAGCCCAGCCAACAGUGAGUUGCAGUAAUCCAGACGGGAGAUGACAAGUGCCUGGAUUAGGACCUGUGCCACUUCCUGUGUAAGGCAGGGUCGUACUCUGCGAAUGUUGUAGAGCAUGAACCUACAGGAUCGGGUCACCGCCUUGAUGUUAGCGGAGAACGACAGGGUGUUGUCCAGGGUCACGCCAAAGCUCUUUGCACUCUGGGAGGAGGAAACAGAGUUGUCAACCGUGAUGGCGAGAUCAUGGAACGGGCAGUCCUUCCCCGGGAGGAAGAGCAGCUCCGUCUUGCCGAGGUUCAGCUUGAGGUGGUGAUCCGUCAUCCACACUGAUAUGUCUGCCAGACAUGCAGAGAUGCGAUUUGCCACCUGGUUAUCAGAAGGGGGAAAGGAGAAAUUAAUUGUGUGUCGUCUGCGUAGCAAUGAUAGGAGAGGUCAUGUGAGGAAAUGACAGAGCCAAGUGACUUGGUGUAUAGCGAGAAUAGGAGAGGGCCUAGAACUGAGCCCUGGGGGACACCAGUGGUGAGAGUACGUGAUGCGGAGACAGAUUCUCGCCACACCACCUGGUAGGAGCGACCUGUCAGGUAGGACGCAAUCCAAGAGUGAGCCGCGCCGGAGAUGCCCAACUCGGAGAGGGUGGAGAGGAGGAUCUGAUGGUUCACAGUAUCAAAGGCAGCAGAUAGGUCUAGAAGGACGAGAGCAGAGGAGAGAGAGUUAGCUUUAGCAGUGCGGAGAGCCUCCGUGACACAGAGAUGAGCAGUCUCAGUUGAAUGACCAGUCUUGAAACCUGACUGGUUUGGAUCAAGAAGGUCAUUCUGAGAGAGAUAGCAAGAGAGUUGGCUAAAGACGGCACGCUCAAGAGUUUUGGAGAGAAAAGAAAGAAGGGAUACUGGUCUGUAGUUGUUGACAUCGGAGGGAUCGAGUGUAGGUUUUUUGAGAAGGGGUGCAACUCUCGCUCUCUUGAAGACGGAAGGGACAUAGCCAGCGGUCAAGGAUGAGUUGAUGAGCGAGGUGAGGUAAGGGAGAAGGUCUCCGGAAAUUGUCUGGAGAAGAGAGGAGGGGAUAGGGUCAAGCGGGCAGGUUGUUGGGCGGCCGGCCGUCACAAGUCGCAAGAGAGGGGAGAAAUAAGUCAAAGCAUAGGGUAGGGCAGUGUGAGCAGGACCAGCGGUGUCAUUUGACUUAACAAACGAGGAUCGGAUGUCGUCAACCUUCUUUUCAAAAUGGUUGACAUAGUCAUCCACAGAGAGGGAGGGGGGGGGAGGGGGAGGAGGAUUCAGCAGGGAGGAGAAGGUGGCAAAGAGCUUCCUACGGUUAGAGGCAGAUGCUUGGAAUUUAGAGUGGUAGAAAGUGGCUUUACCAGCAGAAACAGAGGAAGAAAAUGUAGAGAGGAGGGAGUGAAAAGAUGCCAGGUCCGCAGGGAGUCUAGUUUUCCUCCAUUUCCACUCGGCUGCCCGGAGCCCUGUUCUGUGAGGUCGCAAUGAGUCAUCAAGCCACGGAGCAGGAGGGGAGGACCGAGCCGGCCGGGAGGAUAGGGGACAUAGAGAGUCAAAGGAUGCAGAAAGGAUGGAAGAGGAGAGAGUAGCGGGAGAGAGAGAGCUUUAGCACCAAUACUCGGUUACAACAAACCACCAGUGUGUUACCACGCAAAGCAGAUCAUUCGUGUCCGUGUCUAACGUUGUGUAAAGUUUUGGGUUAGUUUUGACAGUUUGAGUGAGUCCAUCGUCAACUUAUUCAGCCAGUUAGUUAGCUAGAAUAGUUAGCAUACUAGCUAGCCAUUGCUCUCUGCCAACAAAAAAAACCCUCCUCCCACGGCACGAACACACAGAGAGAGCCAAGCUAACGUUAACUAGUCACCCAUGUCCCGAAUUCCCUUGAACGACUCUGGUUACCAGUAUGUAAAAACGAAACACAAAUGUAGGUUAUAACUUACCCUUAGUAGCUACUGUUAGCCAGUUAAGUGCAAAGCUAGCCACUGAAUCGAUUCAGCCAGUUUGCGUCUGUUCGCUAGGUCGUUCCAGCUAUUGUCUAGUUAGCUAUCCAGGUAGCAACAAGCUAGCUACAUUUCGAGUACAGUAGCUACUAACUACCUAACGUUAACGCUUCAGAUAAUGAGGUUAGAAAAACAGCUGAAUGGUAGGCAGCUAGCUGGCAUAAUUACAGGUACUCUUAAGCGUGAAAUAACAUUGGAAACAACUAUCCACAGUUGCUAAUAGUUACCAGUAGCUACCCGCUAGCUAGUCCAGGUAGUGGGUUAGCUAGCCUCGUGCUUCACCGGGCUCAGCCGAAUACAAUACUUACCUACAAUAACCUACGAUAACUACCUAGAUAAACUACCUACAUCUCUCAAGACAGCUGGAGCACUGGGCCAGCCACUCUAAAAUAUCUCCUGGGCCAGCACAGGUGAAACACCUUCCCACUAACGAGAUGAAUAACCAGCACAGGUGUAACACAUACUGACUAAUGAAAUAUACGUGGAAAAACCAACACCUGUAACAGCCACACCUCCUGAAACUAACCUAAGGAUUACAUUAAAAAAGACCCAGCAUGAAAGUGAAUAAAACCCAUCUGAUGGUUACAUUAACCCAUGUUUUAGUUAAUCCCAACAACCCAACAUGUUGGGUUAUUUAUGCAACCCAACUGUCUGGGUCAAAAUAACCCAGCAUGUGUUCUGUCCAAUAUUUACCCAGCGCUGGGUUACCAAAAAAAUUCAUAAAUUGGGUUGUUUUUAACCCCACAUUUUUUUGAGUGUAAAUGAACAAUUAAUUGUCCAUAGCUUAAACAUAAUAGUUUUUAUUGUGUUUACUCUUUUCCCACAGAUAUUGGAAGACCAAGAACCUGUCUCUAAAGCGACUGAGCACUGGUAUCCUCAUGUACACUCUGGCCUCGGCCAUGUGUGAGGAGAUCCAUCUGUAUGGCUUCUGGCCCUUCGGCUGGGAUCCCAACACAGGCAAGGAGCUGCCCUACCACUACUUUGACAAGAAAGGAACCAAGUUCACCACCAAGUGGCAGGAGACCCACCAGCUGCCCAGUGAGUUUAAGCUGCUCUACAAGAUGCAUGGAGAA